UCCAGCUCCUUUUACAAUCCAGCUGCAAAGGGACAGCAGACAAGCUGCACACAACAAAAUCAUAAAAUUCUUUCCUGCAAGAGGAGGCUAGGGUAUGAGGUCUCAUGUAGAUGGGUUCAGAAGCGCACAGCAAGAGAAAUAGCACUGCAGGAAAAGGAAGGAGGGAGAGGGAGAGAGGUUCAUGCUCUACUGGAAGGUGGCUACAGUAGGCAGUGGGCGUGUUCUUCUUGUUGUAAUCUAUAGUUGGGAAGCCUAGUGUCAUCUGCUUAAGCACACACCGACUGUGCAGCUCCGUUUGUGAAGGAUAGAGGUAACCAGCAGGCAAUGCCAUAACUGGAAACUCGCAUCACUUUGCUCUGCUUCUACCUCAACCUUGAGGACAGCUUUGUUGAGGACUCCUUCUGUUUUUGUUACAUUUUGACACACUAAAGCAAGAGAAGAUACGUUCUGGGGAAGAAUUCUUUCAAAGUCUUUUUUUUUUUUUGCCUGGUCUGCAGCUCCAAAGGGACUUUAAUGUGAAAGCAUGUGAGUGUGCAUUUGUGUGCUGCAUGUAGUCACAAGUGCAAUUUGUUUUUUUGUUUUUUAUGUACAUUGCAUUCUGUUUUUAUCCUUAGCAUGUACAGAUGUUUGGAGAACUGAGCCUGACAUCUGGUUUGGAAUUAGGCAACAUCUGGAUUGGAGGGGUCCCAUUUUUGGCCCAGGGGAGGGAGCUUUGGGCUGGGCACCCAAUGGCCCAGCUCCCUUCUAGCAACAUCCUCAUCCUGGGUCAUAGGGACACCUUUUAGUAGAUUUAUCAAUUGGACCAUACAAUGGAUGGAAGUCUAUGUGGAUUUAAGUGGAAUAGUGCAUGGGUAUUCCAGCAUAGGUCAGAGUUCAUUACUGCACCGUGGACUCAGGGGAAGACACAAGACACAUUGGUCCAGAAACCAGCAAGAACACAGCCCUAUUAAUGCAGUGGAAAGACUUGAAGAAUGAUGGGCUCCAAAGAGGAGGAAACUCUCAGUUUUUUCCAGUAUGUUGAGGAAAAUGGGCUGAGAGCCUACAACGGACUGCUAGCUCAAAAUUUGGACCACGCCAGGAAUGAGAGAAAUAGGGCAUUCCUGCAAGAAAAAAACGACAAAAAAAGAAAACAGGACGAAGCCAUAAGGAGAACUGGUGAGGACAUAGCGACAGAAGGCAAGCACUUGCGUAUGGGCUCGAUAACCAUGCCAGACCCCCAAGAACGCAUGCCCAUGCCCCACCUGCAUGCCAUCGCCUGCGGGCAGGGCUUCUCUGUACGCUCCCAGUCCCUCCACUCUGUCGGCGGUGGGAGCAGCGGGGGAGGAGGAGAGGAGGAAGUGGGAAGUCCAACUUCUAGGAAGCAGCCCCCACCUAAACCCAGGAGGGAUCCGGCCACCAAGCUGAGCAUGUCGUCUGAGGCGGUGGACCACAGUCCCAUAUCCACCUGCCGCGGGGAGAGAUGUGAUGCAGCUCAAGGAUGCAGUGAGGACUGCAGGAGAGUGCCACCCCCAAAACCCAAGAGGAACCCCAACACACAACUGAGUGUUUCCUUUGAUGAGUCCUACAUUAAGAGCCACGGAGGCAGCGGGAUCUGCCCAUCCAGACCACUCCAUCACACCACAUCCCCCUGUGAACGCAAUCCUUCAUCUCCACAGAGUGAUGAGAGCCCCACAGAUGACUGUGAAGAUGAACCUGUCUACAUAGAAAUGGGUGGGAUUGAUGUUGGACCACGAGAACCUUUGAAAAGUGAGGAUGAAGAGCCAGGGGAGUCUGUGUAUGAGGAGAUGAAGUAUCCAGUUCUGGAUGAUAUGGAGUACCGCACUGAUCCAGUAGGAUGUCGUUCUGCGUGCCCGACCCCAGCACCCUAUGACCCAGAGCCUCUGAGUCGCUGCUCCACACCUCGAAAUAUUCCACUCUGUGACAUUCCUGCCCCCUUUCCCAAUCUACUCUCCCACCGGCCUCCGCUGUUGGUGUUCCCACCUGCACCAGCUCAGUGUUCACCCAAUUCAGAUGAGUCCCCCCUCACCCCUUUAGAUGUAACCAAAUUGCCCAUGCUGGAAAACCAGUCCUACAGCAAAUCUCCCACCUCUUCCACUGAGCCGUCCUCCUCUGCACACAUCCGUAGAGAGCUCACCGCUACCCCAACACUUACUGUCUCUGGCCGCUCCUCUGCCCCUCCACUACCCUGUACUCUCUACAAAUCUUCCUCAUCAUCUUCAUAUCAGCGUAGUCACUCUGCUUGCCCAUCUCCUGUCAGCAUGGGCCGCUGUCUCACCCCUCUUAGCCUCAUGCGUACACCCCCCUUUGAUGCUCCAAUGCCAUUCCCUGGUGGGUUGCCAAGAAGCGCUUCUGCCACCCCUCAUGGAAAAGGCUCACCACCUCAAGAUGGCGUAGGACGACUCCAUGGCUCUAUGCAGAAUGUGUCAUCAGGGCGAUCACGGACACCCACCAGCCCACUGGAUGAACUGACCAACCUGUUCACCACAGGCAGGAACAUGCUGAAGAAAAACGCCAGCGGCAGAAAGUCAAAAGAGCCAGGAGAAACUGAGUCCAAAGGCAAGUCUCACAGUGAGUCCAAGCGAGAGGGUAAAGAACGCCACAGUCACAGCAAGGAAUCCAAGCGGGAAUCCAAGGAGCGCCACAGCAAGGAGUCUUCUCAUCGAAGAGAAAGAGACAAAGACAGAGACAAAGACAGGGGCAGCAGUAAUGCAGAACCUAUGCCCCACAGACUUAACAGCAAAGACCGCACAUGUAGCAGUGUUGAAACACAGCCUGUUCGCCGGGACAGCAAGGACCAGGUCUGCAGCGGUGCAGAGCCCAUUCCUGUAAGACGGGACUCCAAAGACAGGGGCUGCAGCUCUGUAGAACCUAUACCUUUGAUAAGAAGAGAUUCCAAGGACCGAGGGAUUAGCAAUGGGGAAAUAAUGCCAAGGAGAGACAGCAAAGAUCGGAGUGGGGUACAUGGAAUAGACACUUCACUAAGGCAGGACAGCAAAGAUAGAGACAGACUUUUAGAUCAGCCACCUGAGCUGUUACCUCGACAAGACAGCAAGGAAAGGACCAGAAAUGGUUUAGAUUAUAGACAGGAAAGCAGAGAGAAACUGCUAGAUCAGCCACCUGAGCUCUUACCCCGGCAGGAUAGCAAAGAGCGAGCCAGGAAUGGUGUGGACUCAAAGUCUGAAAGCAGAGACAGGCCACCUGAGCUUCUACCCCGACAAGAGAGCAAAGACAGAGCUAGAAAUGGACCAGAUUAUAGGCAUGAUGGCAAAGAGCAUCGCCCUGAUUUGUUACCAUGUCAGGAUAGUAAAGAGAGAGACAGAAGUGACACUGAACACAGACAUGAAGGAAGAAUAGACCAGCCCCCUGAGAUCUUGCCCCGACAAGAAACAUCCAGGAGCAACAAGGAAAGGGUUGAAUUUAAGUAUGAGGGGAGAGACCGAAGCUGCCACAAUGGAGGCGAUCAUCCUCCUCCCCUUUUACCCAGGCAGGAUAGUAAAGAUCUAAGCAGAACUGGGCUUGAAGUGAGACGGGACAGCAAAGACAGAAGCCUUAAUGGGUCAGAGCAGCAUCAUCAUGAUGGCAAAUGCACCAAGAGUCCUUCUGCAAUGGAUUAUCGAUGUGAUAAUAAAGAACGCGGAUACCGGUCAGAUGGUACACCACGGCGAGAUAACAGAGGAAAUUACAAUAUGGACCAGACAAAAGCACAAGAGAGGAACGGCAGCAUCAUGUCAGGGCACCAUUCAUCAACAACCACACCUACUCACCAUGGAAGAUCAUCAGGUAGCCCACCAAUGACCAUAGGAACAGGAAAUGAUUUGAAGACAUCAUCCAAGUACAGCCGCUCACCUUCUAUGCCUACCAAUCCUUCCCCAAUGGGAACACCACAGAGGAGAGCUGCAGAGACACAUCACAGUCAGAUGCCUCAAAUGCCAUGGAUAUGUGGAGACACCACAAUGCUUGAGCAGAUAGAGAGGAAACGCACCCUGUGCAUGGAAAUCCGCUCCAGGCAACAUCCACACCUGCAGAGAUCUCUGGAAAGGCCUCCACCUCCUGACAGGAACGAAGACAGACACCAGGAGCGAAGUCAGUGUAAGCAGGAGAGUCCAUCCGUCCUCCCAGGCUGGGGAAGGAGCAGCGGGACCAAGAAGAUCCGUCCUCCCCCUUACCCCACACAGACAACUGUGUUCUGGGACACAGCCAUCUGACAUUACAAAAAAAAAAGAAAAAGUAAACCUCCACACCACACAACCCCUAGUUACCCACUCCAUUUCCCUCUCCCUGCAGGGUUGUACUGAUUCUCUCUCUGAAACAUCAGGGGGGAUUCAAAGCAACCACAAAGAGAACCAGAGGGAAGACACUCGCUGAUGUCAAAGGACCAUGGUGGUUACCACAGCAAUAUUUCUGCUUGUUCAGGUUGUCAUGUUUUCUUAUCAUCACUGGUGAUAUUUGAUAUUUUUCUAUUUCAUGUGACUGGACUCUUGUAUUAUAAUUAGUAGAGUAGAUAUUUGAUGAUGAAUAAAUAUUUUCUAAAUGAGACAAUGGGGAUACAGAAGCAUCUUAAAUUAUGUAUAGUAGAUGUAGAGGCAAUCUAAUAUUUGUUUUAAUGUUAUUUUUAUUUAGGUUAUUUUACAUCUGAAAGCAUAAUCUAUCAAUUAUUGUACUGAAGUAGCAUAAUUUUCUUAUGCCCAACAGCUUUUUUUGUGCUCAAAAGCACUAAAAUGAAUGGACUGCUCAAUUCUAUCUAUAUAUACUUUACAUUUUUACUGUUGUAUUGUAAGUGGAGGAGUAUACGUCAACGUGCUUUAGAUUCCAGGGCUCUCCAUACCUGGUCCAGUAUGUUGUAGAAUGUACAACAAUUGGUCCUAAAACAGAAACAGGAAACUUUGUGUGCUUCAGUUUGUAUGUUGUGGUAAGAAACUGAGUAGUCACUAAGUCAAAGCCUUUCAAAGCAGUUGAAUUGUUUAAUAGGGAACAAGUCCUUUAAAACGACAGGGACCGUUUUAUAGAAACGGCUGGCAUUUUGUAGAGGACAAAGUUUGAAAUGUUUUUGUUCCAUUCUAAGAUACGCUAUGAUGGUGGAUUGGUGAGGUAGUAGGUUAGAACCUACAUUAUCAACAGCUUAAGUUCAAAGACCAGCCAAAGCAUGUAAAAUUGAGAUAUGGGUGUGGUUGCACUUUUGAUGGUUGGCUUUUUAAAAUGGGGUCAGUGGCAAUAGCUGGUGAGUACCAGCACCCUUACAUUGCCAUGCACGACACGAGCACCAUGACAGUGUAAAUACUUGAUGCCAACAACCAGCCUGUACAAUCAACACCUGUGCUUUUAGAUGAGUUCUUAAUUUCACUGCAGAUUAUAAUAAUAGCCAUAUGCACUUGCUUAAGAAAUAAGUUUCAAGAUUAUGCUUAUAUAUUUUUUGAAAAUGUUAAGAGUCAUGAGUUGUGCCAUGUACAUUUUAAUUAAUGGCUGGAAGAUAAAGCCUCAGGAGACGGGCUGUGUAUGACAUGCAGUCAUCUAUAUCUGGUUGUCUUUGAUAACUUUCCCAAUUUAAUUGGCUGGCAACCAUUUUAGAGAUCAAAUCAUUCAAGGACCUAUGGCAUGGCAGCAGUUUUACCAAGGGAGUUGCACAAGGGUUUUUUUUUUUUUUUUUUUUGUUUUGUUUUUAAAAAAGAAAAAAUGCACUACCCAUCAUCCUCCAUCCCACUGAAUCAGGCUGGCUUUAUACAUGUCCUCCUUCCCUUGCUCUUUCCCUCUAUCUCAAACCCUUUCUUACUUGAUCUCAAUUGGUUUUCUUUUGCACAUUAAAAUGCAAAGUUGCCAUUGCCAAAGUAAUAUGGGUUUGAGAAACGAGUUAGCCCUGAGAGUGCAAGUGCAGUACCCCUUCUCUGCUGAGGAUCAGUGAUACAGACAUCCCUCCUUUAUCGUAACCGUAUGUGAGAGAGGGAGAGAGCUGUGUUGUGUUUGUGAGUGUGUGCCAAGUUACACUGUAUGCAGGUUGCAAGUUACAAAUGAUUGUUUUAAGACAUUCACUUUGCCCUAUCAUGACAUUGGUGGGUGGAGUCUGGAAAUGUAAUAAUGAUGAUGUACAAUCUUUUUGUGUGUAUAAACGUGCACUGUGAAAAGGUAGAGAGAGCACCGCACCGUCAGUCCUCUGUCUAAUUGCACUGAGUGUUCUCUUGUUUUGCAUUAUAAAAAAAAGAAAAAGGAAAAAAAAAACAUGUUUGAGGAAAAAAGUACUGUAUUCUGAUUGUCACUUGGGUUCUGUUAAGAGAAAUAAAUAAAUAUGAAAUUGAAAACUGCUAUGAAAAAAA